AUGGCUGCACCUGGAUGCGCACAGCCCCGCCAGUGGCACAGCACCCUGGCACUGCUAGUCCUCAUCCUGGCUCUGGCCACCGGCCUCCCGUGCCACCACCUGCGGACCCACGAUCCUGGGAAUGCACUCCAGCAUCUGCAGGACAUGGCUCCAAGAACGACACUGUCCUGCAACCUCCAGAAGCGGCCCUUCUUCCCUGCCAGCCUGCUCCACAACAACCUGCAGCCGCACCAAGCCGCCGCCACCGCCCUGCGCAUCCUGCAGCACCUCUUCCACACCCUCAGCUCCAACGGCACCCGCCAGCACUGGCCCAGCCACGCUCGCAACCACCUCCUCAACAAGCUGCAGCACCACAAACACCACCUGGAGCAAUGCCUCCCCGACAACGCCGCGCCCUUCAAAGGACCACGCAACCCGCUGCUCGCCAUCAACAAGUACUUCAGGGACAUCCACCUCUUCCUGCACGCCCACAACCACAGCGCCUGCGCCUGGGACCACGUCCGCCUCGAAGCUCUUGUCUGCUUCCAGCACGUGGACAGACUCAUACGGCGAAUGAAGCACCAAGCUGCUCUGGACCCCACUAAGCCCACGGAUAGCAAACACCCAUCCCCAGACAGCACCAGUGGCCAUGGAUGGAGUAGUGAUGGCAGCAGCCCAGGCUGGGAUCACCUGGGACCAGUCACACCUCUUCCGACUGGGGAGCUGAUGGGGAAAGGGGUGUGA